GUGAGAGGGGGGAGAGCGCAGCUCUGACGGCGCACGGAGCGCAUGGCACUGCGUCUUUAAGGUGCACCGUCUGUAUGUGUGCCUGCCUGGCCGCGAGCCCCUCCCUCCUCUUCCUCUCCUCACUGGAAAGAGCGGCUCUCAGAGAAUGAUCUGCAGACCUGCCAGGGUGGGCUGCCCGUCUGCUGUGUACGCUCCGUGCAGCUAGGAGCCGGCCUGAUGCACCGCAGCCCCGGGCAGUGACAGAGAAGCCUCGGCACCUUCCAUCGCUGCAUACAAACUAAAAAGACACCCAUCAAAGGAGGGAGCAAAUCAGUGCAUUUCCUCUGCAGACCCCCUCCCUUCCCAUGCCUGGCUGAAGGAGAGCCUGACAAAGACAGAGCUGGGGGGAGACCUGAGUGCUGCUCGCUUGAACCCCAAUCUAAGAGCUGGAGGAUGGCUGACCGCAGCCUGGACAGUGUGUCCCUUCCCCUGGAGGUGAGAGCCAGGCUGGCCGAGCUGGAGCUGGAGCUGUCUGAAGGUCAUCCAUGUAUCUCGGGUCCCUCAGCAAUGAGAUGGCAUGGGAGGUCUUGGAAAACAGCAGCAUUAUGUGACAUCACACAGAAAGGUUAUGAAAAGAAAAGAUCGAAAUUAAUAGGAGCCUAUCUGCCUCAGCUCCAAGGGGUGGAUCAAGUACUACCGCCAGAACGUAGAACUCCCGUCACCCCUUCCUCUUCCUCUAGAUAUCAUCGCCGACGCUCCUCAGGCUCAAGAGAUGAACGCUAUCGAUCUGAUGUACAUACAGAAGCAGUCCAGGCAGCCCUCGCCAAACAUAAAGAAAGAAAAAUGGCUGUACCCAUGCCAUCGAAACGACGCUCUCUUGUGGUGCAAACGUCAAUGGAUGCAUACACCCCCCCAGAUACCUCUUCAGGGUCAGAGGAUGAAGGUUCAGUACAAGGGGACUCCCAGGGAACCCCCACCUCAAGCCAAGGAAGUAUAAACAUGGAGCACUGGAUUAGCCAAGCAAUCCAUGGGUCAACCACAUCAACCACUUCUUCCUCUUCAACCCAGAGCGGGGGCAGCAGUGCCGCGCACCGAUUAGCAGAUGUCAUGGCCCAGACACACAUAGGAAAUAGGAGGACAGAUGGACAGUACCACAUUGUGCAUUCCAUCAAGGAACACUUUCAAAAUGAGUCUUGUGACAAAAGCGGUCGCGGCUUUUUCUUAACGUCAAACGGACAGAAUCAGGCGAGUGCUAAAGGUGCUUCUUGCCAUUGGCAAAGCACACCUAAAAAUGAAAACCAUUCAGCCCCUCCAGAUGUUACCACAUACACCUCAGAGCACUCCAUACAAGUAGAAAGACCACAGGGAUCAACAUCGCGGGCAACCUCCAAAUAUGGUAACGCCGAACUUAUGGAAACGGGAGAUGGGGUUCCUGUAAGCAGUAGAGUGUCCGCAAAAAUCCAGCAACUUGUCAACACAUUAAAAAGACCCAAACGGCCACCAUUACGAGAAUUUUUCGUUGACGAUUUUGAGGAGUUAUUGGAAGUCCAACAGCCAGACCCAAACCAGCCAAAACCAGAGGGAGCACAGAUGUUAGCCAUGCGAGGAGAGCAGCUGGGAGUAGUCACAAACUGGCCGCCUUCAUUAGAAGCAGCACUACAGCGAUGGGGAACCAUAUCACCUAAAGCGCCCUGCCUUACCACUAUGGAUACAAAUGGAAAACCACUCUACAUACUGACAUAUGGAAAACUAUGGACCAGAAGUAUGAAGGUUGCCUACAAUAUACUGCAUAAACUGGGAACUAAGCAGGAGCCGAUGGUCAGGCCUGGAGACAGGGUGGCCCUCGUUUUUCCAAAUAAUGACCCUGCUGCGUUUAUGGUAGCGUUUUAUGGCUGUCUAUUAGCUGAAGUUGUUCCCGUUCCCAUUGAAGUUCCACUUACAAGGAAGGAUGCAGGAAGCCAGCAGAUUGGUUUUUUGCUAGGAAGCUGUGGGGUUACUGUGGCCUUGACUAGUGAUGCCUGUCAUAAAGGACUGCCAAAGAGUCCUACGGGGGAGAUACCACAAUUUAAAGGUUGGCCAAAGUUGCUUUGGUUUGUCACAGAAUCUAAACACCUAUCCAAGCCUCCUCGUGAUUGGUUUCCACAUAUCAAAGAUGCAAAUAAUGACACUGCCUACAUAGAGUAUAAAACGUGUAAAGAUGGCAGCGUGCUAGGAGUGACGGUGACGAGAAUAGCGCUCCUCACACAUUGCCAGGCCCUCACACAAGCCUGUGGAUACACGGAAGCGGAAACCAUUGUGAAUGUUCUGGAUUUCAAGAAAGACGUGGGGCUUUGGCACGGAAUCCUGACGAGUGUCAUGAACAUGAUGCACGUCAUCAGCAUCCCGUACUCGCUCAUGAAAGUCAAUCCCUUGUCCUGGAUCCAGAAAGUUUGCCAGUACAAAGCAAAAGUUGCGUGCGUGAAGUCAAGAGACAUGCACUGGGCCCUGGUUGCCCAUCGGGAUCAGAGAGACAUUAACCUCUCCUCGUUACGCAUGUUGAUUGUGGCUGAUGGAGCAAAUCCCUGGUCCAUUUCUUCUUGUGACGCUUUCCUCAAUGUCUUCCAAAGUAAGGGCCUGCGGCAAGAAGUCAUUUGUCCAUGUGCCAGUUCACCAGAGGCUCUUACUGUGGCCAUAAGGAGGCCGACUGAUGACAGCAACCAGCCUCCAGGAAGAGGGGUGUUAUCAAUGCAAGGACUCACCCACGGAGUCAUCAGGGUGGACUCAGAAGAAAAGCUGUCUGUUCUCACCGUGCAAGAUGUCGGGACAGUGAUGCCUGGUGCUAUUAUGUGCUCGGUGAAGCCUGAUGGGAUUCCACAGCUAUGUCGGACGGAUGAAAUAGGGGAGCUGUGUGUGUGCGCGCUCGCUACAGGCACAUCCUAUUAUGGUCUGUCCGGUAUGACCAAGAACACCUUUGAGGUUUUCCCAAUGACCAGCUCAGGAGCACCAAUAAGUGAAUAUCCAUUCAUAAGGACUGGCCUUCUUGGAUUUAUCGGACCAGCUGGGCUGGUCUUUGUUGUGGGAAAAAUGGACGGCCUGAUGGUUGUGAGUGGACGGAGACACAAUGCUGAUGACAUCGUAGCAACGGCACUAGCAGUGGAACCAAUGAAAUUUGUCUACAGAGGAAGGAUAGCCGUCUUUUCUGUGAAUGUCCUGCACGAUGAGAGGAUAGUUAUUGUUGCGGAGCAGAGGCCGGACUCCACAGAGGAGGACAGCUUCCAGUGGAUGAGCAGAGUUCUUCAGGCAAUUGAUAGUAUACAUCAAGUUGGAGUCUACUGUCUAGCUCUAGUACCAGCAAACACACUUCCCAAAACCCCUUUAGGUGGCAUUCACCUGUCGGAGACCAAGCAACUGUUCCUCGAGGGGUCACUCCAUCCGUGCAAUGUGCUCAUGUGUCCUCACACGUGUGUGACGAACCUUCCUAAACCAAGACAGAAACAGCCAGAAAUUGGCCCUGCCUCUGUGAUGGUGGGGAACCUGGUCUCUGGUAAGAGGAUCGCACAGGCCAGUGGAAGGGAUCUGGGACAGCUAGAAGACAAUGAUCAGGCCAGGAAGUUCUUAUUUUUGUCUGAAGUUCUGCAAUGGAGAGCUCAAACGACUCCCGAUCAUGUGCUUUAUACAUUAUUAAACUCAAGGGGAACAAUAGCCAGCUCUCUGACCUGUAGCCAGUUACAUAAACGGGCUGAGAAAAUUGCAGUAAUGUUGAUGGAAAGGGGACACUUACAAGAUGGAGAUCAUGUGGCUCUUGUGUAUCCUCCAGGAAUAGAUCUGAUUGCAGCAUUUUAUGGCUGCCUUUAUGCUGGUUGUGUGCCAAUAACAGUGCGACCGCCACACCCACAGAACAUUGCAACAACACUGCCUACGGUGAAGAUGAUUGUUGAGGUGAGUCGUUCCGCCUGCCUAAUGACUACGCAACUCAUUUGUAAACUGUUACGGUCAAGGGAAGCAGCAGCAGCCGUGGAUAUUAGAACGUGGCCUCCCAUCCUGGAUACUGAUGACUUGCCAAAGAAAAGACCAUCCCAAAUCUACAAACCCUCAGACCCGGAGACAUUGGCUUACCUUGAUUUUAGUGUAUCUACAACUGGAAUGCUUGCUGGGGUAAAGAUGUCCCAUGCAGCCACUAGUGCCUUCUGUCGAUCCAUUAAACUUCAGUGUGAGCUCUAUCCUUCCAGAGAGGUGGCUAUUUGUCUGGAUCCUUACUGUGGACUGGGCUUUGUCCUAUGGUGCCUCUGUAGCGUAUAUUCAGGACACCAGUCUAUUCUGAUUCCUCCCUCAGAGCUGGAGAUCAAUCCUGCCUUGUGGCUUCUCGCUGUGAGUCAGUACAAAGUGAGAGACACAUUUUGUUCCUACUCUGUAAUGGAGCUUUGUACCAAGGGACUUGGCUUGCAGACUGAAUCCCUAAAGGCAAGGGGCUUGGACCUCUCUAGAGUACGAACAUGCGUGGUAGUGGCUGAGGAGCGCCCUCGUAUCUCUCUAACACAAUCAUUCUCCAAAUUAUUUAAAGACCUUGGUCUGCACCCAAGGGCCGUAAGCACAUCAUUUGGCUGCCGUGUUAACCUAGCCAUAUGUUUACAGCCGCACAGGCUGGGGAAACUGACUGAGCAGGGAACAUCCGGACCAGAUCCAACAACUGUGUAUGUGGAUAUGAGAGCAUUACGACAUGACCGGGUCCGUUUGGUAGAAAGAGGAUCUCCACACAGUUUGCCUCUCAUGGAAUCAGGAAAAAUCCUUCCAGGUGUUCGAAUCAUAAUUGCAAAUCCAGAAACAAAGGGACCACUGGGAGACUCUCAUCUUGGUGAGAUUUGGGUUCACAGCGCUCACAAUGCCAGCGGAUACUUCACAAUUUAUGGAGAUGAGUCCUUGCAGUCUGAUCACUUUAGUUCGAGGCUUAGCUUUGGAGACACGCAAACUGUCUGGGCAAGAACGGGUUACCUGGGAUUCUUAAGAAGAACGGAGUUAACGGAUGCAAAUGGUGAACGACAUGAUGCUCUUUAUGUGGUUGGGGCGCUGGAUGAAGCAAUGGAGCUACGAGGGAUGAGAUAUCACCCGAUUGAUAUAGAAACAUCGGUGAUUAGAGCCCACAAGAGUGUUACAGAAUGUGCUGUCUUUACCUGGACAAAUUUGUUGGUCGUCGUUGUAGAACUUGAUGGCUCUGAACAAGAAGCCUUGGAUCUGGUACCACUAGUCACCAACGUGAUAUUGGAGGAACAUUAUCUUAUUGUAGGCGUGGUCGUAGUGGUGGACAUUGGUGUCAUUCCUAUCAACUCCCGUGGAGAGAAACAGCGUAUGCACCUGCGAGAUGGGUUUUUGGCAGAUCAGCUGGACCCCAUAUAUGUGGCCUACAACAUGUAGUCUUGUAAUUAUAAAGGCUUCCAUGGACUUCACAAUA